GUAAUUACGUGCUCAGUGGGAACACCAUCACCAUUUGUAUAAAUGACGAAUGGUAGAACCCGCCUACUUGUCAGAAAACGUGUUCACCUUUGGGAAGCACCACCAUCGAUAUCUCGUGUACUUAUCAGGGAGAGACCAUACUGUGCAAUGAACGGGCAAGGCCAGGAACACGAGCAAAGCUCUCAUGUAAACAAUCUUAUAAUUUACCACCCCACAGACGACCCAGUCUAUCGGGAGAUCGUCCGCUUCGACGAUGCUCUUUGGGAUCGUAGACUCUUCAGCUGCUUGUCAGAAAAUGAAACGAACAUAUCUCAUGGCAAUAUUCUUAUUGUCAAUGGAUAUAAUGGAAAACUCGACCUUUUUUCGUGGCACGUUGGUUUAUAUUAGAGCAAAGCUAAAAAUAGCUACAGUCAAAUAUACUGUGAAACUCUUAUGAACAAUAAUCUUGUAAUGUCCACCGCGCAUUGUUUCUAUGACGAGGUAUUCUCCAAAAUCGAGGACACGUCUCGCUACUAUGUUGCUGUCGGCAAGUAUUACAGGAGUUGGGAAGCUAGAGAGAACUAUGUUCAGAAAGCACCCGCUGAGAAAAUCAUUUUGCCUGACAGAUACAUAGAAGGGAGAGGAAAUUUUACUCAAGAUAUAACUCUCCUUAAAUUGGCUAAGCAUUUCGAGUUAACAGUCUUGAUUAAACCGAUAUGCCUUGAUUGGGAUAACAUUUACGAGAAAGUACAAUUACGAGUGGGUAUGAGUUUAUACGAGGGAGACAUUAUAGGAGGACUUUGUUUCGAGAUGCAUGGAAUUUGGUAUCUUCAUGGUGUCGCUAGCAUGACUACGGUGAGGAACAAUACCUGUGAUUAUUACUCUUACAUCGGGUUCACCUAUGUCAGCUACUUUCGUGAUUGGAUACUAUCCAUCCAUUUAGUGACAUAA